UGUUACGUGGCACUUCCGGGUUGCUGAAAUUUGGAGGAUUCCGUUUAGCAUCUACAGUGGGUGUGGAUUGAACAAGUGCCAGGGAUAAGUGCUCAACACUGAUCAGUAGACAUUGUACCAUGCAUAGUACACGUCAAAAGUGUGAUACAACUUACAGUAAAGACAUUGACAGCGGGUCCAGUCUGACAACUUACCAUUAAGAUAAUCUCAUCACCAUGGAUGUCGAAGCAUUGAGAAUCAAACUUAAGAACCAUGACCAGGAACAACUCCUGCAGUUCUGGGACGAGCUCAAUGAAGAGGAAAAGAAGUCACUUUAUAAUGAAAUAAAUGCUAUAGAUCUCGGUGAAGUUAAUACCUUUUUCAAAGAUGCAAUGGCUCAUGCCAAUGAAGCAAGUGAGAAGAAAGAUGAUCGUCUCCAGCCUGUGCCCUCAGAUGUCUGUGGUAGUAUCACCCGCACAGAUCCAAAAACUUUGGAAAACUACAGGCAAACAGGUCUGAAGGCUAUAGGAGAAGGCACAGUUGCAGUGUUGCUAUUGGCUGGAGGCCAAGGGACCAGAUUGGGAGUUAACUACCCCAAGGGCAUGUAUGAUGUAGGCCUCCCCUCUCAUAAGACGCUCUAUCAACUACAGGCUGAGAGGAUUCUUAAGGUUCAAGAGCUGGCUCUUAAACUGACAGGCAAACAUGGAGUUGUACCAUGGUUCAUCAUGACAAGUGAGGCAACUAAAGAACCAACAGAAGCAUUCUUUAAAGAAAACAAUUACUUUGGUCUUCAGAAGGAAAAUGUGAUUCUCUUUGAGCAGCAUACACUCCCUUGUAUGACAUUUAAGGGCAAGAUCAUUCUUGGAAACAAACACAAGAUUGCCAAAGCACCAGAUGGCAAUGGGGGUCUGUACAGAGCACUUAAGAACCGCAAUGUUCUCCAAGACAUAGAGAACAGGGGAAUAAAACAUGUCCAUGUCUACUGUGUAGACAACAUACUGGUCAAGAUGGCUGAUCCUACCUUCAUUGGAUUUUGCAUGUCAAAGAAUUCUAUCUGUGGAGCAAAGGUGGUCGAGAAGGCGUUUGCCACAGAAGCAGUGGGUGUCGUGUGUAAGGUUGAUGGUGUCUAUGAGGUAGUUGAGUACAGUGAGAUCACAACAAAGACUGCGGAGAAACGUAAUCCAGAUGGUCGUCUCAUGUUUAAUGCAGGGAACAUAUGUAACCAUUAUUUCACUGUAGAUUUCCUCAAGAUGGUUUGCAGGGAAAGGCAGAAUGAGCUAAAGCACCACAUUGCCAAGAAGAAAAUCCCAUAUGUCAAUGACAAUGGUGAUCUCAUUAAACCUUCAAAUCCAAAUGGAAUCAAAAUGGAGAAAUUUGUUUUUGAUGUCUUUCAAUUUACCAGCAAUUUUGCCGUGUGGGACGUCCUGAGGGAGGAUGAGUUCUCUCCGCUGAAGAAUGCUGAUUCUGCUGCAAAAGACACUCCAUCUACGUCACGCCACGCCCUCUAUAGUUUGAAUCAAAGAUUCGUACUACGAGCUGGUGGCAGGUUUAUUCAUGAGGAUGGAACUGCAAUUCCUCUCAUUCCAAGUAAAGGAAAGCAGACAGAGAAGGGAGAUGUUGCUAACAAUAACAUAGAGAGGCAAAAUGAUAAAGAUGAAACUGCCAUAGUGUGUGAAAUAUCUCCAUUGGUGACCUAUGAGGGAGAGGGUCUUGAGGAGUAUGUUGACAAGAAGGACUUUGUUGUGCCCAUGUUGAUACAGAAGGACACUGAACAACACAGUACUGAAGCAAGACAGAAGGCUAAAGGGGAUGACAGCAAGGUCAAGGCCACAAAUAUAACCAUAUCUGAUAACUAAGUUGGCUAAAGCACACAUGUAAUCAGAUAAUCGCACAAACCAAAUCAGCUGACCUUUAUGUGAUAUUCAGAACUCAGUAUAAGUAAUAUAUAUGGAUUAAAAGAUGCUAGGAUUAAUGCAUGCAGCUAUUAGUGAAUGAAAAGUGAACCUCUCUAAAGAGCCAAAUGCUCAUUACUAAAGCAAAAUAGUACAAUCGCAUUGGCAUAUAGCAAUAUGAUAAUAUCAGACAUUAUGUUAUAAUUCUGCUUAUCAAAAUAUCACCAUGUAUUUGUUUAUGUUAUUCCAGGGAUCAUUGAUUUUUUAUCUGUAUUUUCUGAAAAUAAGUAUAAGUCUCAAAACCAGUUGUCACCAGAUAUUGUGCUGUGUUCAACUAAAUCCAUGAGAAAUUAAAAUCAUAAUUUAUUGCAAUUUUAAGUAUUAAUGAGUGCUCAAAAUAUAAACUGUAGAUUCAGUAAGCCUUUAGACAUAUACAUUGCAUGUAACAAAAGCAUGAGCUUCAAGCUUACAUCAUCUAUGAACAAUUAUAGGGACCAAUUCAAUUGUUAUGUCUUAUUUUUUAAUAUCACUGUGAUAUAAUACAUAUGAAAAAACAUUUCACUCUCUUUUCAAUAAAUACCUGUGACACUGUCACAAUGUGAUUUUGCAUUUCAACAGGUGUCAUGGGAUACCAGUUCUGAAAUAUAUGGUAUCUCCCUCUCUGAAAUAAAUAAUUAUUUGUUAAAUAGCUGUUUUUAUGAUUUUCUUCCCACUAUGUUAUUUUAGUAUGUGUCCUUUGCAUUGUGCAUUAUAUUAAUGUACUAGAUGUGAAUUGUAAGUAUAAAAUGAAUUUAAGAGAUGAUUACACAUCAUGUAGAUUUAAAUGUAUAAUGUGUGAAUGAAUGUAUUUAUAUGUGAUGAUUUUAAUCAGGAUCUUUGGGAGUACAUGUGUAUGUUGUCUAUUAGUCUGGGUACAUAUUUUGAUGUCAGAUUUAUAGAAUUUGAUGUCAGAUGUACAGAAUUUGAUGUCAAAUACACAGAAUUUGAUGUCAAAUUUACAGAAUUUGAUGUCAAAUUAACACAAUGUCUCAUUGAGGGGAACCAGGGAAAAUAUAAAUUACAGUAUAUCAAAAAAUACAUAAUAUAUUUUUGUGUUGUCAGU